AUGUGUUUUGUGGUGUAGAUGUAGACCGCCCGAAGCUGUGUAGUUUAAUUUAAUAUUUUUGGUGUUAAAAAGUUCAUGACCAUGGGAGAACUAACGCUCACCAAUUUGUUCGAGUCUCAAACUAUAUUCGCCGACCACAAGGACCUCAUCCACGAUGUGGCCUACGAUUUUUACGGGGAACGAAUGGCUACUUGCUCGAGCGACCAGUAUGUGAAGGUAUGGGACUCGGAUGGUCGCGACGGCUGGAAGAUGACUGCCAGCUGGAAGGCGCACCAUGGCUCUGUGUGGAAGGUCACCUGGGCGCACCCUGAGUUUGGGCAGGUUAUUGCUACAUGUUCAUUUGACCGCACCGCUGCUAUUUGGGAGGAAGUUGGUGACACCACAGCCCCUGGGUCAGAGAAAGGUCUCCGGACGUGGCUGAAGCGAUCCAAUCUAGUCGACUCCAGAACCUCCGUGACAGAUGUCAAGUUUGGACCAAAGCAUUUGGGCCUAUUACUAGUCACAUGCUCGGCUGAUGGCAUUAUUAGGAUAUACGAAGCCCCCGACGUGAUGAACCUGGCGCAGUGGACGCUGCAGCAUGAGAUCCCCACAAAGGUGUCCAUCAGCUGUCUCUCCUGGAAUCCCUCGCUGUCGAGAGUAAACCCACCAAUGAUAGCCGUAGGCAGCGAUGAGCCGAACACAGCCGCCGCUGCCGUCACCCCGGUCAAUGAUAAAGGCGUGGCUUGCAAUGGGAAAGUUUUCCUCUACGAAUACAGCGAAGCGUCUCGCCGCUGGACUCGAACCGACUGCCUCUCGUCAGUCCAAGAGCCUGUUAACGACAUCGCCUUCGCUCCCAACCUCGGCCGCUCAUUCCAUCUCCUCGCCGUGGCCACUAAAGACGUCAGGAUCAUCAAGAUAGAACCCAUCACAGAUUCGUCGACCUCCUCAAACGGUACAAGCGUGCGUUUCAAAACAGAAGUAAUGGCGGCGUUUGAGGAGCAUUACUCUUGCGUGUGGCGCGUCUCCUGGAACGUGACGGGCACCCUGCUGGCGUCCUCGGGUGACGACUGCAGUGUUCGCUUAUGGAAAAUGCAAUACCUGAACCAAUGGAAGUGCGUGGCCGUGUUCAAAAACGAGACUCUACCCGGCGACAGCCCGCCCCUCUCCAGACCACACACCACCUACAUGCGUAUGGCCACUAUGGCCAACCCGGGCCAUAUGCCCUUUCACUGACCCCACCCCACCUGGCCACAGAGUAGCACAAAGUGACCCCCGAGUGUGACCGCGGCCAGGAGUUAUGCGGCAGAACAGUGAUUAAUGGACAAGUUAUGCUAUGCUGGAUUUGUGGCGUGUUAUUUUUAUCUAGAGAGUCGUUAAUUAAUAACCUCCAUACAGGGUAAAAUUUUAACCACCGUUCAUACUCUGCGUAGUUACUUUAUAGGUCAUACUGAACAACUUUUAUUAUGAGACCAAUGCCGAAAUCGCGAAAAAAAAUUUGGCUGUUCCAUACAUUCCGGCUGAUGUGAUGCCGCUGAUUUAAAGAUAAGAUAAAAGACAUUUAUUCGUGACGAUCACAACACAAGUACGAACAUGUACAGACAACAACAGCAAGAAAAGAAGAGAUCAUCAAGUGUGCAUCACGAAAUGGACCCAACUCAGCAUAAUGCUAGCUAUAAAGCCAGCGCUGGUCUUCCGUAGGGCCCAUUCGGUGAUGCCACGACAGAUAACACACAAAGAUACAUAUUAAAACAUUACAAAGAUACACACAAAGAAUACCUAAUUAUAUACAAACAUAUUAACCAAACCAAAAAGAAAUACAUGAAGAGCACAAAGAAAAAUAAAAAAACAAGUAUACAAGAAAAAAAAAACAUUCAAGAAACAAACAAACAAAUCCAUAGACAAUUAAUAAUUAUGAAUGCGACCAUACCAUCUGUCAAAAACUGAUUUCUUUGGGACAGCCAAAAAUUUUUUCGCGAUUUCGUCAUUGGUCCCAUAAUAAAAGUUGCUCGGUAUGACCUAUAAAGUCACUACGUAGAGUAUGAACGGUGGUUAAAAUUUCAUUCUGUGUAAUCAUGCCAGUGUUUGUCAAAGGUGACGCUAUUAAAAACUGUCGCCUCACUGGUGUUUUUAAUUUCGAAACGUAAAGUUGGAUUUGCCUGACAGCUGUCACAGGCACAAAACAUAACUUAAUAAAAACAUAUACAGAUUUGAUUUAGUAGCGCCAUCUAGUGAGCUCAACGGAAAUUACAAGUAUAGACACGAGACGUAUGGAGUUUGUCAGUCUUUUACUUACUAGCCUCUGUUUUUAAUGUUAUUUUUUUAGGGUUCCGUACCCAAAGGGUAAAAACGGGACCCUAUUACUAAGACUCCGCUGUCCGUCUGUCCAUCUGUCACCAGCCUGUAUCUCGUGAACCGUGAUAGCUAGACAGUUGAAAUUUUCACAGAUGAUUUAUUUCUGUUGCCGCUUUAACAACAAACACUAAAAAGUACGGAACCCUCGGUGCGCAAGUCCGACUCGCACUUGGCCGCUUUUUUUUGUUUUGUAUGUGGGACGCGAACAAGUCAAACUCAUUGUUUAAAUCUUAUAAUUUAAUAGUUUUUUUUGGAAAUAUGCUCUUAUUAGUGAAAAGGGUUUUGCAAGAUACCCUUAUCUCAUAAAACAUGCAAUGGAAGUAUUGACAGUACAAUAUACAGGUUGGCUAAAAAAUAAGUGCAUUCCCGAUGCCAGGGAGGACGGAGGGAGGAUUAGACUUGUGUUGAUGUAAGGUACAGUCGAAGGCAAAAAUAUCGAUCCAGACAAAUGGCUCAAAAAUAUGUGAACACGACUAUAUUGUCUAAGGUGUAAGAGCGUACACAUAUUUUUGAAACUAUGGGAAUGUAUAUAUAUUUAUGCCCUUGACUGUACAUACGCUUUUUAGGUUAUCAGGGUUCCAAACCCCGUUCUUCAACUGAAGUAAGGAAACGCAUGCUUUGCGGGUAGUUAAAAAAAUUGUAAGACUAUAAGUAGUUGGUCAAGCAAAUCUUGUCAGUAAAUAGGAACAAAAAAACUAUACUCAUCCUUUUCUUUUGGAUGCUAGUACUAGCGUAAGGCAAAGAUAGUAUGAUUGUCUCUGUCUAUGUUUGAAAUGAGACAGUCCUUUGACAAACUAUAGCUACAAGCUCGACUUUAAAUAUUGUAAUGUUGCCAUUGUUGAAUUCUUUUUACAACUUUUUUAAGCAAUCUCUAAGAUUAAUAAAUUUGUAAUAAACACUUGUAUGAGAA